CAGAAAUAAAGAGUAAAUUUGUUUAAUUUAAAUUAAUUGUGAUUAUAUAUAGGGCACUUGAUGCUGAUAAAGGGAGAUUUGCAAUUGAUGUAUAAAGGCAGUUGAAACUUGAAAGCGGGUUCGUGGUGUGUUUGGCUAAAAAGAUUGGUUUGCUGUGCGGGAUUGUUAUUGUGGGUUGGAAGACGAAAAGAAGAUGGAAGGGGAGGAGGGUGAAGGAAUAAGGAAGAGCAAGAGCAAGAGAUUUGACGAUGGUGCGGCGGAGGUUGAUUACAAGACCAAGGCGGGGACAGCGUGGAGCCACUCAUACCUGAAUCAGAAGCCAUGGCAUCCGCUGUCCUAUCCCAAUCAACGCCGCAAGUGGAUAGCCGAGCAGACCCACGCCAACCGCCUUCGUCGUUCCCAGGAGGUCGCUCGCGAGUAUGCUCAAGAGCAGGAAUUCUUUCGCCAGACCGCCCUCAUCUCUAAGAAAGAAAAGGAAAAGGUGGAGGUGAUGAAAGCUGUUAGCUUCAUGUAUGUUCGCCCACCUGGUUACAAUGCCGAAAGUGCCAAAGCUGCUGAGAUUGCCGAUGAAAGGAAAAAGCACCACCCUUCCACUUCUAUGCCUCAAGAGUCUUUGCCUGAUAGAGAUCGCAUUGGUGUAGAUAAUAAGAAGGCAAGGCCUAAAGAUGUUUUUGGACGCCCUUUGCCAACUGAAGAAGAAUUUGCAAUCUUGAAAGAUGCUCCUCGGUUGGAGACUGGUGUUCCUGCAAGGGUGAAACCAUUUGGAGUAGAAGUACGGAAUGUAAAAUGUGUUAGAUGUGGAAAUUAUGGCCACCAAAGUGGUGAUCGUGAAUGCCCAUUGAAGGAUGUCAUAAUGCCUAAUGAGGAGAGCCGAUUGAAAAGGGAUGACCCCUUGACUGCUAUCCUUGCCCACACAGAUCCUAGCGAGCCUCUGAAGUGGGAGCUGAAGCAAAAACCAGGAAUUAGUCCUCCCCGUGGAGGGUUUAAAUCAGAUGAUCCCAACCAGCAAAUAGUUGCGGAGGACAUAUUUGAUGAGUAUGGAGGCUUCCUUAGUGGCGGUGAUUUGCCAGGGUUGCUGACCAACUUGUCAAGCAAAUCCGGGAAGAAAUCAGGAAAGAAGAGAAGACACAAAAGGCAGCAGUUCUCAUCGAGUGAUGAUAAGUCAGAAGAAGAUGGGUUUUGCUCUCCCAUGGAUGGCGAGAGGUCAAAGAGGGAAAAGCGCAAGGAGAAAAAGAAGAAGAGGAGAAAGAAGCAAUAUCAUUCUGAUUCAAGUUUGUCAGACAUUUUGGAGUCUGACAAACAUAACCAAGAGAGCAGUUCCAAGCGUUAUUUUUCAUCAAAGGAAUACGAGCCAAAUAAGCAUCGUCAUUAUCAUCACCCAAGUGGAAAAGAAAUGAAAAGACGAAGGCAUUGUUAUUCAUCUCAAGAUUCUGACUGUAUUAUUAAUAAGCAUCGCAGACACAUGCAUUCUUUUCCACCAACAGCUUCCAAGCAGCUUGAUAAGGAAUCUGAAGAAUGUUGUACCCCUGAAGCUGAAGGCCAGCCUAGAAGUAGAAAUGGCAAGCGGAAAAAGUGUUAUGAUUCAUAUUAUCAAGAUUCUGAAGAGGAGAGGCAGUGUGGAGGAAGUGGCAAGAAUAGACACAAGCAUUUCCAUUCGUGAUAUCAAUAUAUAUUCAUAUGGACUCCGACUGACUGUGACUAGUCAAUCUCCAAUUCAAAUAAUAUCUGGUUGUAAAUGUUCUCAUAUAGUUAGUAAUUAAUUGACAACCAAGUAUCUAUAAUUGUAAAGUUUGUUCUCGUUGUUGUGGUUUUCUCUUUUUGUAUCGAAAAUUUGUUGUGGACGUCA